AGUUUUGCACUCUCUCUAUACGUGUUUUGCUAUGGCUGACAUGUGGUGUGUUUGUUUCGACUGCGAGGGCGUGCUGGUCGGCGAGGCCUGGUUAGAGCUCCAGAAGAAGACCGGUCUCGAGGGGUUGAAGUUGACCACCAAGGACGAGCCCGAUUACGAUAAGUUGAUGAUGCACCGCAUCAAAAUACUCAGAGAAAACGGUGUGAAAUUAGACGAUAUGAAACAGGUAGUCGAGACCAUGGAGCCCCUCGAGGGCGCUGUCGAGACCAUCUCCUGGCUAUACCCCUACUGCCCACGGAUCAUUAUCCUCACCGAUACCUUCCAGAACUACGCCCAACCUCUCUUCAACAAACUCGGUCAAUGCACUGUUUUCUGCCACGCUGUUGCUGUUGAUUCUGAUGGGUACAUCGAAAAGCAUGUGCUUCGUCUCAAGGACCAAAAACGCAAGUCGGUGGAAGCCCUCAAAGGUUUGAAUUUCAAAACCGUUGCUAUAGGGGACAGCUAUAAUGAUAUUUCUAUGCUGAAAGCGGCCGAUAAGGGCAUUCUCUUCCGACCUGGUCAGAAGGUUCUGGAAGAUUUUCCCGAGUUCCCAGUGGUCUGGGAUCAUGCGGCACUCCGUGAACUAUUAGCUGAGAUAAUGAAUCUACCUAAGCCUGUCACCAAUGGUCAGUGAUGUUAUUAUCAGAGCUCAAUGCUCGACUCAUGAUAACUUUUUCGGUUUUCUAUUUCUA